AACAGUUUAAAAAAGAGUGUUCUACCAUUUUCGAAGCUACUUCAGCAUUUCCAGGAAGAAAGAGAGAAGGAAAAUGCCGACUCCGGGGUCCAAAUCCCCUGUAAAUUAUCGUCUCAGAGUAACCGCAGGACCUGAAUACGCCCUCGACACGCAUAGAGUCGUGCCCGUCAACGCAGACAAGACAUUACGCAUCGAGAAUGAGCUUGCAAUAAUCUAUCUCUGCGUACGCAUUCAAGAUUACACCGGCCUACCCAACGGCUCCCCCAAAACAAGCAAAUACUUCUCCCACCCCCUCCACGAAUCCGACCAAUACUCAAUAUCCUUCAUUCUCAUUCCCAAGCAAGACAUAAGUGGCAACGACCUAGUCUGGGGCAAUGACUUCAACCGACCUAUUCGCGACAGUAUACCCCCCGGCUUCAACACCGCAUUGCGAAUUGUGAAGUGGGCCAUUGAUCCGGGGCUUGAUGGGGAUCCGUAUGCGGAUAAACCAUAUCUGUAUAGUCCUGGCCUCGCGUCGUGGAAUUAUUUCCGGAUUGGUGAGAAGGUCGGUCCGGAGGAGUUGUCGGCGGGCGAUGAGAAGAAGGAGAAUGUGCAUGAUCGUAUAAGUGUGGUUGAAGAAGGCGCCGAGGGGACUGGAGAGAAGGAAAGGGGGAGAUUACAGAUUCCGAAUGAUGUGUCCCAGAGGAAGAAAUAUUUCCUAGAUGAGAAUGUGCGCAACGAUUUCGUCUUUGAGAAGGGGAGGCAAUAUUUGAUCGAUUUUGGCAAUCCGUACUUGGGGUUCAACGACUUCACCCUCCGUCUCCCUGGCUUCCAUCUCCAUGUCGCAAAAUACAUAGACGCGCGAAAACACAAAUUACGAUACACUCUCAAAAAUAGAAAACUAGACAAGACACUUCUGGUGGUCUUGUUCACUCUGUUGGUUGAAGGCUCAGAAGAAGAGAUUAGUGAACGAGAAUUGUCUGUUGGUAGUGGUGAAGAUGGAAAUGCGGGAUCCUCGUCAAAAAGAUGA